AUGUUUCGCCUCGCACCUUUUCUCGUUGGCGCAGCCUCGGCUGUCUACCUUCGCAGCAACGUGUCGCAGGCCAGCGUCCAUGCGGUCUCCAGCCUGUCUUUCUACCAGGAAGAGCCGCAAUGCCAAUGUGUAGCCAACAAUCCAAGCUGGAAGAAGACGGCACGCACUGAGCCAAAGUGCAUCUUCAUCGAUCUCGGAGCCGCAGAUGGCAACACCUUCGCGAAGUUCCUUGAGAACGACUAUGGUCCAUUGAAGGACUGCCCAUCGGGCAAGUGGGAGGCAUUUCUGUUGGAGGCGAACCCGCAGUUUACGAAGGAGCUCUCCUCUCUGGCGGAGAAUUUCCCUGGCCAGGUUCACUCUCUUGCGGAGCACGCCGCCUUCUCUUGCGAGGGCACGACCAGCUUCUUCAUCGACAAAGAUGCCACUCACAACCACUGGGGGUCCAGCAUGAUGUCGGAUGCCCCAGAUGCCGUUAAGAGUGGCAAGGUCAAGGUUACCGUCCCAAUGUCCAAUAUCGUGCAGCUGAUCGCCGAGAACGUGCGGCCGGAUGAUUGGGUCAUGCUCAAGGUCGAUAUUGAGGGAGCCGAGUACAACCUCAUCCCCUGCUUAGCGCAGUUCAGUGAUGUAGGCAUGGUGGACCGGAUGUAUUUGGAAGAGCACUGGUGGUUUCCAUCCAUCACAGAAACUGCCAAAUCGGCUCUGGCGGAAGCGAAGAAGCAGCUCGUGGGCAAGCAUGUGGACAUCCCGAACUACUACUCCGAGACCUGA